AUACGUUAUGUCAGCGUUGUUCUGACAUUCAGUUUGACAAAUACGGCCGUUGAUGAUGCACGUACGUUCGUGCAGAAAAAAAAUUGGCGCGAACCUUUCUAUCGCUGUAAAUAAACAUUGAGAAGUGAUUAUAAUUUUUACUUAUUGUGAUGACCGAGACAUUAAAAUAUACGAUCCGAAUAAUUGUAGUGACGACGUUGUAAUACACUUUAAUCAAUGUAUUUAAAGAAAUCAAACGUUAUAUGACUGUACAAUUGACGGGGACACAGUAAUAUUGGAUUAUACAAAAGCUAAAAGUUUGGUAUUCAAAAUGGCCGACGCAGAUCUUCUUAAUUUCACAGAUGACAUAACUUCUAAUGUCCAACAGAGCGAACUGUCUAAGUUUUCUCCAGCACUUCUCACAUUCGCUGCGGUUAUCACUGGAAUAAUUAUGGUCGUCGGCCUCUUCGGUAAUCUUCUCACCGUAGUAGCACUUCUAAAGUGUCCUAAAGUGAGAAAUGUGGCUGCAGCAUUUAUUAUAAGUUUAUGCAUAGCCGAUUUUCUAUUCUGCGCUGUCGUGCUUCCGUUCGCCAUAUCUGGCUUCUGGACUAGGACCUGGUCCCACGGGGGAGCUCUGUGCAAGCUAGUACCGUUCCUACGAUACGGGAACGUGGGCGUAUCUCUUUUGAGUAUCGCGCUAAUUACCUUAAAUAGGUACAUAAUGAUUGCUCAUCACAGCUGGUACGCGCGUGUGUACCGAAAACACAAUAUAGCUCUUAUGAUCGUGUUCUCGUGGAUGUUUUCGUACGGUAUGCAGAUACCGACACUUCUUGGAGUCUGGGGUCAAUUCGACUACGAUCCAGAAUUAGGCACUUGUUCAAUAGUGCCAGAUGACAACGGUCGCUCUGCCAAGACAGCUCUCUUCGUCAUCGCCUUCAUUGUGCCAGCACUGCUGAUCUUGAUUUGUUACGCUCGAAUAUUUUGGGUAGUCCACAGCUCAGAACAAAGAAUGCGUGAACAUCAACGUUCGCAACAUCCAAACCCUGGUACCCUAAACAACGGCAGUGACAAGCGGUCGACGAUAAAGGACACGAGAGAGACGAAAGCGCGCCGUAACGAGUGGAGGAUAACGAAGAUGGUACUCGCAAUCUUUCUCUCCUUCCUCGUCUGUUACCUGCCCAUCACUAUCGCCAAAGUCGCCGAUAGUCACGUACAUUACCCAAUGUUCCACAUCGCUGGAUACCUGCUGCUGUACGCGAGCGCGUGCGUGAACCCGAUCAUCUACGUGAUAAUGAACGCGCAGUACCGCGCGGCGUACGCGGCGGCGCUGUGCUGCCCGCUGUCGCGCCUGUCCGGCCUCACGAGCGGUGCGUAUCCCUCAUCGCCCGCAUGCCACCACAUCAAGAAACCGGAGCGCACCUCUGCGCUCGCCUCCUAUAUACGAACCUGAAGAGAAAUGGAACGAGCGUCACGGAUACAGCUUCAGCAACACACGAACGGUUCUAAGCCAAGUGUCGUUGGGGGAGUCGAGAGCCGACCCUCGGGGGUCUCUGCCUACAGGAAGAUAGAGCAGACAGGAUCGAGAAAGAUAAACCCUGUAAGGUCAACAGGGAGUUUACCAAAUAUAGGACAUAGAAACGAGACUGUUACCAGCGGGCUUGGAUCGCAAAACAUGAAAAUCACGAGAUUCGAAUUGGACCAUUACGAUGCCUGAAGGUCGCUCUUUAGCACGACUUACCAAAGAUUUUUUAUUAAAAUUGCACAUGAGUGAGAUUAUUAUAGCAAUUCAUCCUAAAUGACGUAAUUUAAAAGACAUUUUAUUAAAAUUAUUAUUUAUAAUGAGCAACGCAUCCGUCCUGCUAAGGAAUGACACUUAGGCACCGUAACUAACUGUAUUUAUAUGCAUAGGAGAUAAGUGUUAUUGAUAAUUGUGUUAAAUUUAUUAUUUAUGUAAAAUUUUAAUUUAGACACAUUUUCAGUAUUUUACUUUUUUUCAAAGGUGCUCGAUUUUUUUAAUGUUAUAUAUACAUCGGAUAAUAGACAUCGGACAUCUGAAGUAAAUAAUAUUCAAAUUACAAGUAAAUUGUAAUGCUUAGACACCUAAGACACAUUCCAAAAUAUAAUGUAUACCUCGAAUAAAAAACCAACACAUUCCAAUAUAUUAAAUAUUUUGGAUAAAAUUAAUUUUAAGUAGUAGGUAUCUAUUGACCAAAGAUUUUGUUUUCUUGGAUGUCGCCAGUUGUAAAUUUUUUAAUUCAAAUAAAUCUUCAAUGAAUGGAUAUAA